AUGUGGGAUAUGUUUGGUUCGACGUCAAUGCCUGUGGGGCCGUCGGAUUCACAGUUAGGCGGCCUUAAGCAGUCCUUUUUGCGUGAUUACAGGAUGUCAACGGUGGCCAGUAAACAUGGCUUUGUUGCUAACGCGGAAACACUGUCUCCAUACCCGGAUGGAGUUUGCGUGCGUGUCGCCCGCCGCUGCCGCCCCAAUCCAACGCUGUUGGGGACGACAACUUCUGCGGCGUAUCAGGCACGCGCCAAAUCGCACUUCUCGUCGCAGGGGAUGGGUUUUUCUAGCGGGUACCAGCAGCAGCGGCCGCUGCGGUACGGUGGUAGAGGCCCUGUGGCGGGGCAUCUGGCACCUGGCAGGGCCCGCGGCGGGGAGAAUGACCCUGGGUACUGGUCCGUGGUGUACAUUUCGGGGACGGGUGAGGAGGUCGGGGCGAUAAAGUUGCCGGAUCUCUGCAGAAGGGGAUCCCUCACGUUUGAGAGGGCGGUGGGCGCCAUUGAGGAAGGUGCCGCUUUCUUGGGGCUCAGGGUUUCGUACAUCACGUAUUUUGACAAGGACUUUGGUGCGUACACCCUGCUGACGCACCGGACUGUUCUGAAGUGCAUCGGCCUCUUCCGCGUCGUGGUGGCGUCCAUCUCAGAGGUUGCGGACAAAAGCCCGACGGCGAAGGUGGGGGGCGAGGCAACGAAAGACGGCGUGCUAGCAUUGCACAACGAGGUGGAGAAACCUACGGUGGAUGCGUUCUCGAAGCAAAUGACGGGCCUCUUUGAAACAUUCAAUGCGCCUUCACUCACAUCAAAGGGCGCGAAUAAAGCGGGUGUGUCUGUGCCAGAGGAAUGGAUGGCUGAACCAGGGCUUCUUUUUUUGGCGGAAGCCACAGAACGUGAGGUGAUAGCUGCCGACGAGGCAAGCUGGCGGUUAAUUAUACAGGCAAGAGAGAAUACACGGAUCACAUUUUGGCCGAGAGGUUCUCUAUGGUAG